GAUAUUUCGACAUACAGAUACUUGGCUUUGCAGUUGACUCACCGGAAAACAUUAACAUAACAUCAUUUUAUCCCUCUGUAUCUAUAUUUAUAUAUCACACAAUGUUAUUACAUCAAAGCUUGACCUCCCCGGGAUCUCCGACGUUUCCUCGAUUCUCACGCCGCCGUAAUUCUCUUAUUUCUCGCCGGAAAAUUCGCAAGCCUCUGAAGUCAUCAUCAUCCUUAUAUCCCUGUGUUUGUCUCCACAUUAACACCGAAAAAGUCGCUGAGAUUGCACAAAACAAGGUUUUAGUUGGAGCAUUUGUGUCUGCGGUGAUUGGACAAGUUUCGAAGCCUUUUACUUCUGUUUUGCUGUACGGUAAUAAAUUUGAGUUUGAUUUUAGUUGGAUUACUCGUUCCGGUGGCUUUCCCUCGGCUCAUUCUUCUGCUGUUGUGGCCACUGCAACUUCCCUUGGCCUAGAAAGGGGGUUUUCCGAUUCAAUUUUUGGUUUGGCAGUUGUUUAUGCUGGGAUUGUCAUGUAUGAUGCUCAGGGAGUUCGAAGGGAAGUGGGAAAUCAAGCAAAGGUAAUUAACAACAUUUUGUCGAAGGCACAGGGCAACCCAUGUCCCUCAAAUGAUGCUCAUAAUUCAACUGAAACUUCAUCUUCUUCCUCACGUUUGGAGAGACCUGACUCACUAUAUCUACAAGAACCGAGUUCCAAAAAACCAUUAAAUAGCACUUCAUUACUAAAUAGAAUUGAUGACAGAACUGAUCAGACUAUGUCAACAAUAGUAGAGGUUAAAGAGGGAUCUGGAGAUUUUGUCUACGGUCGUGCUCCACUUAAGGAGUCUGUAGGUCACACAGAGAUAGAAGUCCUGGCAGGUGUAUUUACAGGUUCAGUAGUGCAACACUUAUUAUUAUACUGGACAAAGCUUCUCGCAAGUGUUGAUAGUUAUGGUCCAUUAAAACUUUAGAAGAGUCAGCUGAACAGAGUGGAAUUUCAAACAGGUGCUAUCUUGGGAUUCCCUUUUAGCUAAUCAGGGUCUCAUAGUGAGCCUGGUAAUUUAUAAUUUCAUAUUUUGUUGAGUUCUUUACAUGUUUUGUAGUUUGUAUACAGUGUUAAACCAGGGGGAUCUUCAUGUAAACUUUCUUGUAAAAGUAGUGCACACACUUGGUUAGUUGAUUGUUGUAUCAGAUAGAGUUGAGAUGAUCGGUUUUACUUGAUUGAA